AUGGUAGAGCAUGAUGAUGAUAUUGGCGUUUCUAGUGCUAAUGAGGUGUCAAUGAGUCUAGAAGACGAAGCAGCAGCACAUGUUAAAAGACGAGGAAUAACUUGCCACGAACAAAGAGAGAUGAAACUUCAUAUUUCAUGUCUUCCAAAUGAUGUUUUGUAUUGUGUUCUUGAUAAGUUGUUGGAGCUCGUCGACUAUGUUCGUUUCGCCGCUGUUUGUAAGGAACUGCAGCAAGUUGCAAAACUCUACAAUUGCACCAAGCAACGUUGGGUGAGUAAGCCUAAGCUACUUCCGAUGCUCAUGCUUCCCCCUAAUGAAUCCGAUAAUGAUACAAAGCAAAGACUACUGCAGCAAUAUCUUGUGGAGUCAACAAAUGGAGACCUGUUGCUCGUUCUAAGAUUUUAUGCGUUUAAAGAAACCUCCUUCGGCGUUUGCAAGAUCGUGUUCAACGAGGAAGACAAGUCCCGCGUUCAGCUGGUUGAGGUAAAAUGCAUUGGAGAUGAUGCGAUAUUCUUAGGCCAAAGUCAAUCCCAGUCUGUUUUAGCUUCAAGUGUUCCUGGCUGCAAGCCGAAUUGCAUAUACUAUGCCACAGAAAGUGUUAAACGGGACGAGUAUCCUAGUGAGUGUGAUUACUUGAAAAGCGAGAUGGGUAUUUUCAAUUUAGGGGACAGAACCAGGACAACACUAAUCGACUCUGAUUCUAUAUGUAAGUGGAAUUGGAACGAGAUGAAGAUGCCGUUUUGGGUCCUGCCAUCAUUGGGUCGUAGUUCAUAG